GAUGUCCAAUAAAGUGGAGCGGAGGCAAGGGAGAGGCGGUGGAGGGGUCGCAGGGGCGGUUCAAUGGUUGGCUGAGCUCUUACUGACGGUGAAUAGGAACGGGUUUAUUUUGGUGGCGACGGUUUUGGUGUUAGCUGAAUUAUUGGUGUGUAAUUUGGUGAUUUGGAGNGUGAAGUAUACAGAAAUAGAUUGGUCAACUUAUAUGCAGCAAGUGGAGUGUUUUACGAAGCGGGGAAUCAGAAAUUAUUCUGAGAUUGGUGGUGAUACGGGGCCGGUGGUGUACCCAGCAGGUCAUUUGAUAGUAUAUGGUGUGCUGAGUGCGGUGACUGAGGGUGGUAAGAACGUCAGAUUGGGGCAGUAUAUUUUCGAGGGAUUGUAUGUGAUACCUCCGUUUGUACUGCUGUUAUUGUGUUGUAUAUCGUAUCGAAUUCACUCGAUAUUUAUUCUGCGAUUGUUUAAUGAUCCGGUGGCGAUGUUGCUGUUUUAUAUGGCAUUGAAUUUGUGGAUCGAUGGGAGUUGUGGUGUAUCGAUUAAGAUGAAUGUAUUAUUAUUCGCACCGGCAAUAUUUUUCAUUUUAUUGUUGAAUAAUGGAUUGGUGAGGACGGUUGUGUUAUUGGCGGUUUGCGGGGUGAUA